AUGUUUGCACGUCAUGGCUCUCUUGUGCGUGGCCAAUUUGUUAGGUCUUAUAUAGCACCCGUGCUGGAUCAUCUGAGUCAAGGUGCAGCAUUACCGGGCCUAUUCUCUUCAAAAGGUCUCGAUAAUGCGUGGUUCGCAAGGGCUGAAGCAUAUACAAAAAAAUUGAACAGCUUUACAAAUUUUUCUGAGGAAAUACCUUUAGAGACGUUAAUCUAUGAGAAUGCUCAAUCAAGCGUGAAACGUCAUAUAGUUAAUUAUGCGUCGUUACUGUUCAAUUUGCGAUUCGCACUGUCAUCAUUGAGAGGUUGUCAGAAAGACCUGCCAAACAUAAAUGAGAUAACAUCAAAGGAGCUUUUAAAGACACCAGAGCUUACACUGAAGUAUGCGAAUGAGCCUCUAGAGACUGGAAAUAAGAAUUUGCACAACGCUAUAGUCUCAUCGUUCGGCUCAAUUGUUGAGUUUAGAUCGUUGUUGCUGAAUUCAAACCUUUCGAUAAGUGGGGAUGGAUUCACUUGGCUAGUGGCUAGAAGACAUGCUAUAGGUGAUUCCGAUAUGCAAUCCAGUAGUAAAGUGGAAUUUGAUAAGCUAUUCAUUUUAAACACGUAUAAUGCUGGAACGCCAUUCAAUUUCAAUAAAUCUGGUCAUAUGGACUCCUUGCGCCUACAAUAUUUAAAAAGAAUGGAAUCGAUUGAGGAAGAACCGGUAGAAAAUAGUGAGAGCUCGGUACAGAAUAAAUCUAUCGAGGAAGCGAAACAAACAGAAGCUUACAAGAAAACUUCAUAUAUACCUUUGCUAGCUAUUGAUGCAUCGCCAAAGGCAUGGUUACACGAUUAUGGUAUUUUCGGUAAACAAAAAUACUUAGACAGGGUUUGGGAAUCGAUUGAAUGGGAUGUAGUAGAAUCAAGAUUGCCCGAAAAGACUGUCUCGUACGGCCUAUACUAG